AUGGCCCAGAGCGUGGUUUAUGCUGACCUGAGGUUUGCCAAGGUGAUGGGGGGCCGGAGCACGGCCAGCCAGGCGCUGGAGGCAGCCCUUGGAAUGGAUGAGGCAGAGAGCCCCUACGAGAACAUGCAGUCGGCGCCUGCCGGGCAAGAUGGGGAUGGGUCCCAGCCCAGCCCAGGGUGCUGGUCCCGGUGGUGGUGCAUCCUUGUGGGGCUGCUGGCAACCUGCCUGCUGCUGCUGGUGGCCACCGUGGCCCUGGGGGUUUGCUACUGGCAGGUCACCCGCAGCCUGCGGGACGCCUCCCAGGAGCAUGCGGCCGAGCAGGGCCGCCUCUCACAGGAGGUGAGCGCGCGGGAGCGGAGCCUGGAACAGACGCGGCUGGAGCUGGCGUGGGCCAGAGCGGAGCUGCAGCGAGCGUGGCAGGAGGGCAACAGCAGCCGCCUGGAGCUGGGGAGCCUGGAUGCCGAGCUAAGGCGCGUCAUGGGUGUCCUGGGGAAGACAGAGAAGGAGAUGCAGGAGGUGCAGGGGAAGCUCAACAACAGCGAGAGCACUGUGGCCAUCCUGCGCUCCUGCACGGCUAUAGAUUGCUGCCCUUCAGGCUGGCUGCUGUACAGGGGCAAGUGCCUCUUCAUCUCGUCUGAGAAGAAAACAUGGGAAGACAGCAGAGAGGAAUGUGAGAAGAAAUAUUCUCAGCUCUUGAUCACCAAAUCCUGGAGUCGCUGGACUGUGCCGGCCUUCCUGAAAAAUGCGGACAUCCCAUACUGGAUCGGGCUGCAGAAGGGCAGCUUCCCCUGGUAUGACUAUGGCUGGCUGGAGGAAGAGGGCCCAGAUGGUGAGGUGAUCUCGGACGCCUGGUUCUGGGUAGAUGGCUCCCUUUAUGAAAGGCCAUGGCAGUCAAAGUCAAAUGGGUCCUGUGCCAUAAUAAGCCGUGGGAACAUCAAACCUGCGCAGUGCUCCAGUCCUGAUGACCUGCAGCUCUGGAUCUGCGAGAAGGCAGCAGGGCCGAGCUCCCCUUUUUUGGCAUGAUGGCCGCUGA